AUGGCGGCAGUAUACAAGUCUAUGGCAAAGGCCAAGUCGAACGGCAUCGCUAGCGCAACUGAAAAUGGCGAGGCGAAGCCAAAGAACCGCCAGAGGGUUCUCAUUCUCACAUCCAGAGGCGUAACAUAUCGCCACCGCCACCUGCUGAACGACCUCUACGCGCUUCUUCCUCACUCCCGCAAAGACGCAAAACUCGACACGAAAUCCAACCUCCACCAACUGAACGAGCUCGCCGAUUUGUACAAUUGCAACAAUAUCCUCUUCUUCGAGGCCCGAAAGGCCAAGGAUCUCUACAUCUGGCUCUCGAAGCCGCCUAAUGGUCCGACUGUGAAGUUCCAUUGCCAAAACAUCCACACCAUGGAGGAGUUGAACUUUACCGGAAACUGCUUAAAGGGUAGCAGGCCGGUGUUGAGCUUUGACAAGCAUUUCGACGGCUCUGCGCACUGGAAACUGGUCAAGGAGUUGUUGAGCCACACCUUUGGCGUCCCGCAAACUUCGAGAAAGGUGAAGCCGUUCGUGGACCACGUCAUGGGAUUCACGAUAGCAGAUGGAAAGGUCUGGAUUCGCUGCUACCAAAUUUCAGAAACUGAGCAAGGAAAGAGCAAGGCCGCUGAAGAAAGCGCCGUGGCAGGCGGCGAGACACAGAUUGUUAGCAAGGCUACAGGCAAGGGAGAGACUCACAUCAGUCUUGUGGAAAUUGGGCCCAGAUUUGUGCUCACGCCAAUCGUAAUACUCGAAGGAAGUUUCGGGGGCCCGGUGAUAUACGAGAAUAAGGAGUUUGUGAGCCCCAACCAGAUUCGUUCGGAUCUCAGGCGACAGAAGGCCGGGCGUUACAACAGGAGAGCAGAGGGCGAAUUGGAGCGGAAGGUCAAGAAGAGAGACCUUGGUCUGCGGACUGGCGAAGGACCGAGGGAAGUGGAUGACCUGGACAACAAUGUCCUUUUCGCGUGA